AUGGGAAGACCCUCCCUCAGCAGGAUAUCUAGCAUUGGGUGCCAAGCCCUGUCAGAGGAAAUCACCGGAGCUCCAGGACCGACUCAAGCCGUGGCGGCGGUCGGCGGUCUCGCUGGCACCGAUCGCAACGGCGCUGCGGUGAAGCACAAUGUGCGACGGACGCCAAACGAGGUUAUACCAGAUCGCGAUGAGACACUGUCCCACGGCCUGGUGGUGUGCGGCAAGGUUCAUGAGCUUGUUGCUGGCUGGGGGCAAGAUCUGCCCUUGAAGCUUCUCACGGUCUUUCGGUUCGCAGAGCUGUCCCCAGAUCCUGCCCCCAGGGACAGAUGUCGUCCCGAGUCGGACAUUUCUGAGUCGCUCGGCAGCCACCAAACGGUCUCUGGCUACAGCUCGAUGAGCUUCUUGAUUCAGUUCCCGGAUGAGCGGCAGGUGAUUUAUUGGACGAUAGCGUUUAAGCCACCACGCGAUCUCUACUUUGGCUUCCGUGCCAAACCCUACAAUGUAGCAAGGCGCCCCCAGUGGGUCGAAGACGACGAGCGCUCAGACCACCUGGUCACCAGGUCACCUGGUCCCCUGCUCUUCUGGUGCUCGCCUCUCACGAGGCUGAACGAGAGGGGCCCACACGCAAUUUGCCCAUACGAUGGCAACCACGAUAGCCACGCGCCCCAAAACAAGGAUCUGAUCCAUGGUACUGCUCACCGACGAAUGGGUCUGCUGCUCAUCGACGACGACAUCGCGGCCGGCAGCAGGUUGGUGUCAUAG